UGCUUUUUUUUAUAUAAUAAAGAACUCAACAUGCAACAGCAACAGCAUAUAGCAAGUUGAAAAUGGCGGGAGUUCAAUUAAGAGACGAACAUGGAAACCCAAUCAAACUCACUGAUGAAUUCGGUAAUCCAGUUAAGUUAACUGAUGAACACGGCAACCCUAUCCACCUUACGGGUGUAGCAACCACCACCCCUCCAACUUCCACAGGUUUUGGUUUUGGAACCUAUGGUGCCGGUGCUUACGGUGGUGGUGCAACCACACAUCCGACAACGGUGUCAGAUCUAAUCUCCACUGAACCAGCCAGACACCAUCCCACCGAUCAGGCUGCAGGAAGACUUCGUCGCUCCUCCAGUUCAAGCUCUAGUUCUAGCUCUUCAGAGGAUGAUGGGCAAGGAGGGAGGAGGAGGAAGAAAAAGGGAGUGAAGGAUAAGAUUAAGGAGAAGGUUCCAGGUGUGGGCAAAAAGGAGCAUUCACAGACAACUACAACUACUGUUCCAGCUGCUGCUGGUCCCCACCCAACUGCAACGGCAACUCAUCACCCAGCUGAGCCAACUGAUCAGAAGAAGGGUAUACUUGAUAAGAUCAAAGAAAAAUUGCCUGGCCACCAUUCCCACUGAUCAACCUACCUACUUAUAUAUCAAUCUAUCUAUGUCGUUUGUGUCUAUGAUUACUAGUAUAUACCGUACUAAUGAACUUUGAAAUUGUGCUUUAUAUUAUGUGUUGUAUAAAGACUAUGUGAUUUCAAUAUCUUCUUAAAUAUACGUACUAUUAUGCAAGAA